GCUGAAAAAGAGUUCUAAAAACAAAAAUAAAUUAUCAUUUUCGAUCCUGUCUAGUAAAAUCUUGUAAGAAAACAAACAAAACUAUCUUUACCCAAAUUGGCAGAAAAAAUUUGACGAAAUAAUCAAGUUUUUGGUUGAAACGUGGAAAAUGUUCGAAAAAACAGUUUUUUUUUCAUUUUCAAAAAAAUCACCAGAUAGAAUUUUUACAAAAAUUGUCACCAAAUUACCAGACAAAAAGUAUUUUUUUGCUUGUAUAGCUUUAAAACGUAAUAAUAAAUAAUGACAUUGAAUUGUUUUUUUUUUCUGAGGGUUUGUUGGUGGGUGAAAAUCUCCAGUUUCACACCCCACCAAACCCUUUGCUCAAACCCAUCGAUCCCUCAUUCCGUCCCGAGCUUCCGACGCGCCAACCAUCAUGGACGACCGAACCAUCGACUUGAUUUUCGCCGGCUCGCUGGAAAAUCUCCCUCCAGUGAGUUCAAAAAUCGUGCGAAUUUUCACCAGUUCAACAUUCACAGAUACCACGAUGGAACGAAAUACUCUAAUGGCUAAAUGUUAUCCGAGGAUCAAGGAUUAUUGUCGCGAAAAACACGGCCUUGAAUUUCAAGUGGUCGAUAUGAGAUGGGGUGUGAGAGAUGAAGCAACUGAUGAUCACAUGACGACAGAAUUGUGCAUGAAGGAAAUACAAAAUUGUCAAAGAUUGUCAAUGGGGCCAAAUUUUGUCGUUUUUUUGGGGCAAAAAUACGGUUAUAGACCAAUCCCCACUUAUAUUCUUUCGUCAGAGUUGCAAAUGAUUCGGGAUGAGUUAGCCGCUACUGGACAUGAUCCCGUUUUAAUUGACACAUGGUACCGGAAAGACAGUAAUGCUGUCCCUCCCAUAUCCGUCCUCCAACCCAUUUCCUCAAUCCUCAUCAAUUUCAACAACAAAAGAAUCCCAAAAUUGCAAGCCGAAGAUCAAGCCAAAUGGUGGGACACUUUAAAUAAGUUUCAGAAAUUGUUUCGCAAAGCUGCUGCGUCUUUGUACCAACAAGGGAAAAUGGACCAUGACGCUAUGCAUAACUAUUUCAUGUCGGUCACGGAACGGGAGGUUAUCAAUGGGAUUCUCAAUGUGAAAAAUACCAAAAACCACUGUUUGGCCUACAUUCGGUACAUCAACAACAUCAAUCUUCAAAAUCUGAAGAAAGCUUCCCUUUUUGUCGACAUUAUCAAUCGUAGUCUUGACUCCGAAUCGACUAAACUCUUGGCUAACCUUCGGGAUGAGAGAUUACCGGCGAAAAUCGAAAGUAGCAAUUUGCAAAAAUACACAGUUGAAUGGAUUGGGCGUGAAGGUUUAGAUAAUGAAACCCAUGAAGACUAUCUCAAACAUUUUAUCACCCAUUUCUACAAGAAUAUUAUCAAAUUGGUGGAUCGAGCAAUGCGAAAGGAGGAUUCCAGCGCCCAAGGACAGAUUGUCACAGAAAUUCUUCAACAUCUUCACGCUUGUAAUAAUUCAGUCCGGGUUUUCUAUGGACGUGAAGACAGUCUUGAGCACAUCCACCAAUACAUGACCAACGACUCUGAUAAACUCUUAAUCUUGUAUGGGGAAGGUGGUUGUGGUAAAACCUCUCUCUUGGCCAAAAGUGCCAGUAUGUCGACUAGUACCGAAUGGUUCAUGAACGCCAAACCCAUUAGUAUAAUACGGUUUCUGGGAACCACUCCCGACUCAUCAGCUUUGACUCCGACUCUCAUUUCGAUUUGUCAACAGAUUUCGUACAAUUUCAUGCUACCUUUUGAUGGUAUUCCAGACGAUUUGGUACCACUCACCGCUCAUUUUAAGUACUUAUUGACUUUGGCGAGUAAGGAACAACCUUUGUUGUUGUUUCUUGACUCUGUGGAUCAAUUAACUGGUACCCAGGAUGCUAAUAAAGUGUCAUGGUUGCCGACUCGACUACCACCAUAUUGUAAAAUUAUCGUCUCGUGUGCGUCCGAAGAUAGCAAUCCUGAAGUCUCGCGUGAUUACCACGUUUUGAGACGUAUGGUCGACGUUGAAGAGAAUUUCAUCGAAGUCAAGGCUUUAGGCGAGGAGUUGGCUAUGAAAGUUGUCAAGAUGUGGAUGAAAACCGCCUGUCGUGACCUUACAAACUACCAAUGGCGUCUCGUAUCGAACGCUAUUGAAAAAUGUAGUUUACCGAUUUUUGUUAAACUCGUGUUUGCCGAAAUUUGCCGAUGGCGCAGCUAUACCAAAUCCCAAGACACUCAUUUAGCCUCAACUGUUAUGGACUCGAUCAUGAUGCUAUUUGAACGUAUAGAAAAACAACACGGACGCAUUUUAGUGUUUCAUGCUUUGGCAUACAUAACAGCUGCCAAAAGUGGACUAUCCGAGUCCGAAUUGGAGGAUUUGAUUUCACUCGAUGAUAAGGUACUCGAUGAUGUGUAUCAGUACCAUUUACCUCCAGUUCGGAGAAUUCCACCCUUGUUGUGGACCCGAAUUCGGAACGACUUACCCAAUUAUCUCUCCGAACGUGAAGCUGACGGUGUUAGUGUCAUGAAUUGGUACCAUCGCCAGUUUAGAGACACGGCAAAGGAGCGCUACUUUAAGAAUAUGAACAUGGCGAUGUAUUUUCAUUCAAUGAUUGCGGACUACUUUCUGGGGAUUUGGGGCGGGGGGAAUCCCAAGCCGUUCAAAUAUACGGAAAUACAGAGACACAGGUUCAAUUUAACCGAUAAGGAAGGCGUAGCUGAUCGAAAAGUACCAGUCCAGCCUUUGUUGUUUUAUACCAAAGAUGGGAAAGUCUCACGGUACAAUUUGAGGAAAUUUGGCGAAUUGCCUUUUCAUUUGGUACGAUCGCGUCGAUUUAAGGAUUUAUACGAAAAUGUUCUUUUUAAUUACGAGUGGUUACAUGCAAAGUUAUCGAGUUGUCCCCUUCAGGCCGUUUUGGCCGAUUACGAGGAUGCUGGUACUCAUAUUGAAGACAAGGAUUCACGCAGAGAAUUAAUGUUGGUAGCUGACGCUUUACGUCUUGGUGGUGCUGUUUUAGGACAGUACCCUAACAUGUUGGCACCACAACUAAUCGGUCGUUUAUUACCAGAAGUGGGGCCAAACCCAAAUAUCAAAAUGUUACUAAAUGAUUGUGAUAUUAAAGGACCAGUACAUUGCUCACUUUUACCGGUUUAUCACUGUUUACAUACACCCGGUGGACCCUUAAAAUAUUCACUUGAAGGUCACCAGUUUGCCGUCUUUGCGAUUUGUUUAACAUCUGAUUAUCGGUAUGUUGUUUCGAUUUCGAAUCGUUUCAUCACUUGGGAUUUAUCGACAAGUGAUUUGACAAGGGAUGUUAAUCCCAAUAUUGAGGGGAUUAUGCAACAGUUGGUUUUAAGUCCGGAUAAUAAGUGGGCCGGGGCUUAUACCAAUAAUAAUCAGACUGUACUACUUAAUAUGUUAUCGAGCGAGUUUGUUAUUAUUGAUAAUCCACUUCCUGAAGGGGAAAAUGUGUACGGGAUUUAUUUACUUAAUCGAAGUCUCUAUAUCUAUGGUGGUACCAAUUGGGUACAAUUUGAUAUGAGGGGUAACAAAGAAGAGGAGUUUACGUCAAGUGUCGAUCGAAAUGAGUGGCAAAUUCUUUUAAUGGAGUUUGAUAAUCCCAAAGAUUAUCGAAUAAUAUAUUGGAAAGGUACUCUCGAUGAUGAUAAAAUGUUACUUUGCUUGAAAACAGAAGACACGGAAUAUGAACCAUUCGAGUACCAUAGUGCUAUAGUCUUAACUAAAGACAAAACAACUCUCUACGCAUGUACCACAGAUGGUACUUACUCACUCGCAAAAUUCACCAAAUCGGAGGAAACCCACCGAUGGGAAUUUACCGAAAAUUUACCACGGAUGGAAAACGACGACAGCGAAGUGAUGUUACAACUAAAACUCGAUAAACACGAUAAAGUACUCUUUGGUACCACAAGUAACGGGUUUGUUAUAUGGGAUUUUGAUAGUACCAAUCAAGAAGCUAUAGUUUUGAAACUCCCUUAUGGUACCAGAAACAUCACCACUAAAAUCCUCCAAUCGAAUUCGAUCAUGUUGAGUGGCCACCGAAACUACGCCAUAGCGGGCGUCCGUAAAAACUUGUACGUUUGGAGCAUGGAGAGUCACAAACUUGUCAAAAUUUUGGACGCUCAUUUUGGACGAAUCAUCCAAUUGGAGGCGCUAACAAUCGGGAAUUGGAAUAGUAUUGUGACGUCAUCGAUUGACCGUACUGUCAAAGUCUGGAAUAUUAAUAACAUUUUUGAGCAAGUUCACGUGAUUGACAGACAUGAGCUACAAGUUGACGCGAUUAGCUUAUCGGAUGACUUAAGUCUUGCGGUUACUGUAACUCGUAACUGUGUUGGAGUUUGGGACUUACGAAUCGGUAAAUUGAUGUCAAAACUAGCCGAUAGUCCCUUGGGUGCGAUUGUGACCCAUGCCAUAAUCACCCCAGAUGGUAAAUACAUUAUUUCGGCGGAAUCUGGUAAUUUUUUGAUUUGGUUGCGGUUGACCCAACAAGUGAUUUACAAAGAUGAACAACCGGGGAUUAGACAGUUGACUUUGAUGGACGAUGGUACUAAAGUACUGUCUAUUUCCAAACCGAGUAAUCCACCAGGUACAGAUCUGGUGCGUACAGUGGCUACAGUGUGCGUCCGUGAAGUCCCAAGUAAGUCCAAAAACCGAAUUGUGUUUUUUUUAACCGAAUUUGCGCCAGGUGGUGAGAUGGUUUACAGUUUCGAGUACCCAGUCAGAUCAAUAACCGGAGUGUUGUUCAAACCGGCGGUUAUAACCUCCGAUAAUCAACAUUUGGUCGUAGUAGCAGCUGAUAAGACAAAUCGUGAUUGUAUCAUUGUUUACAAUGCUACCAACGGUAAUCUUGUCCAUAAAAUAUCCCUGAAAAUUUGCGGAGUCAAAGAUGUGGGUUGUUUGGUGGCAAUGCCCCAUAAAGGUCACUUGAUUGCCGUUAUGACAAUCGAUAAAGGUGCAAUUAUUGACAUAAGAUCGAAAAAACAUCUUCGAAGUGUACCAAAAUGGGGCGGAAGCGUCACCAAGGAUGGUAAGUACGGCCUUUAUGCUCCUUCUAGAGGUGGCCUUGAGUUACUCGAGUUGAAAAAAGGACAAACUGUGCGAACUUUUAUCCCCAAAGUUGCUGAAGGUGUCUUCACUAUCAUUUGUUUGUUUAAUAAAACCGACGAAUACGUUUUGUACUAUCACAGUGGGCGUAAAACUUUAAGAGUUUUCCGUACUUUGGAUGCCACCAUGGUGGCUAAUUACCGAGUCCAGGCUGAGUUAACCGCCGUUGAAAGUACCCCAGAUGGGAAAGCUCUAGUUUUGGGUACUGUCGAUGGGUGUGUGUCAGUUUUAGCAAUUGUGGAUACUGAUAAGCAAGAAAUUGAUGAGUAUUUGGCCGAAAUGCCGUCGAGGGAUGAAGAAUGGAAGAAAAAAGUGAAUAGAAUGAAAGCAGCGACGAGGUUUAAAGCAGUCGGGUCAAUUGCCAAACUAUCGACUGUUUUUGGGAGUAAUAUUAAUGUUGUUAACAAUAAUAUCGAAGAGGAAAGGGAGGAAGAGGUCGCAAAUGCGGAAUAACUUACAAGAAAUUGGGCUUUCUUUCUCGUUUUUUAUUUUUUUAUUUUGAGAUUUCAGAUGUUUAUUUCUACUCCUAGAAGUACCUACGAUAAUUAGUAAUUAAUUACAGCUGACAAUCGAGAUAACAAAUGAACUUCUAGUUAAAAAAGAACAAAUCAAGAGUGCUUGUUAUGUUUUGUUGCAGUGCUCAAUAAAUUUAUUUCCUGUUUCUUA